CCCUGCUGCUGUGCCUGGCCUUCGCUGGGGUGAAGCACUACCAGGGCAAGCGGCUGCAGGCACGACUUAAGCGGGCCGAGGAGGAGCAGCAGCAGCAGCGACGGCAGGGACCGAAGACGAAGGAGGAAUGAGCAGCGGCCGGGAGAGCCCGAUCCUGGUGUUUGUGGCGGAGGGAGCCGCCCUGGUCUGGAGCGCGAGGGACAGCCGUCGGCUGCGGGAGGAGCUGCGGCUCUGCGGGUCCCCGGUGGGCGCCCUGGUGCGGCAGCCCCGGCAGAACGGCCGGCUGGGCCUCCCGCUGCGCUUGCUGCCCGAGGAAGCCCGGUACCUGGCGGAGAGCGGCCAGGGGCUGCUGCUGCGGCGGCACGCCGGCUCCCAGCUCCCCGAGGGAGUAGGGGCCGCGGCGCCCCACCACGAGACGCUGCGGCGUUCCCACGCCGAGCAGCGCCAGCUGGCCCUGCAGGAGAAGAGGAGGCUGCUGCAGGCGCUCGGCGAACGCAUCCGGCACGGCCGGGAGGCCAAGAGGAAGAGGCGGCAGGAAGGAGGGGAAGGUUAGUGCCGCGCA